AUGUCAACUUUAAAUAUUCCAACAACCCAUCUUAACAGAAUUCCUCAUUUUGCUAGAUAUACCAAGGAUUUAGGUAAAGCAGAUUUAAAAUCAAACAUUCAUUUUACAAUUGUACUUAAACUUCGUAAUAAAGAAUGGUUAGAAGAACAAUUAAAGAAUGUAUCUGAUCCAAAAUCUGAAAAGUAUGGUAAAUUAUUAAGUCAAGAUGAAGUAGAAUCAAUGACAAAACCAUCACAAGAACAUUUUGACAAGGUAUCAAAUUUCCUUAAAUCAAAGGGAAUUGAAAGUACUCGUGAAAAGGAUUGUUUCAAGAUUAAUACUUCGAUUGAAAAGACUCAAGAAUUGUUUGCUACUCAAAUCCACAAAUUCACUCAACCAGAAUCAAAGGAUGAAUCUGAUUAUUUGUUCAAGAGAGAAGGUUCUUUUACUAUUCCAAAUGAAAUUUCUGAUUGUGUUGAUUUGGUUGUUGGUGGUAGAACUUUGAUCAACGAGUUUUACCAAGCAGACAUUCAACAGCCAAUCUCAGCUCUCUUUUAUUUGAUCUAUAAUAAAAACUCUACGUGCAAUGAAGAGAGAAUAGAAGAAGAUGAAGGUGUUGAGGAGGAUGUGAAGAAUGAGGUUGAGGUGAUCGAUUAUAGAUGUAGUAGACCAACAAAAUACCUCUCCAACAUUUAA